CAGCGCCGCGACCGCAAGAGCCAUGCUCCGCUGCCUGCUCCAGCGGGCCUGCAGCCUGCCCGGCUCAGAGCGGGGCGACAAGCGCAGCGACCCGGUGGCCAGCCUGACUUUCCGAGGAGUGAAAAAGAGAACGAAGGUAAUCAAGAACAACACCAACCCGGUCUGGAACGAGGGCUUUGAGUGGGACCUGAAAGGUGUCCCAUUGGACCAGAAUGCUGAGCUCCACGUGGUGGUCAAGGACCAUGAAACCAUGGGCAGAAACAGGUUUCUGGGGGAAGCCCACGUGCCCCUCCGGGAUGUCUUGUUCUCCCCCAAUCUGGCUGCCAGCUUCAAUGCCCCUCUGCUGGAUGCCAGGAGGCAGAACACGGGGGGGUGUCUGAUCCUCCAAGUCUCCUACACGCCACCCCCGGGAGCAGCUCCUUUCAUCCCUCCUCCGGCCCCUCCGGAACCAAAUCCGACCCUCCCUGAGCUGGACACGGUGACAGACACAGGGGGAGAAGAAGAGAGCGAGGACCAGCUGGGCACCGAAGAGGAAGCCGAGCCUCCCGCGAGACCCUCCGCUCCCGAUCAGCCUUCCUUGCCCAAAAGGCCCCCGUCUCACGUUCUUCCCGCAAGCAAGAGAAGGAAAAGCGCUUCCCGGAAGCUGCUCUCCAACAAACCCCAGGAUUUCCAGAUCCGGGUGCGGGUCAUUGAAGGGAGGCAGCUCUCUGGGGUCAACCUCAAGUCUGUGGUGAAGGUGACGGCGGUGGGGCAGACCAAGAGAACCCGGAUCCGGAAAGGAAACGGCCCCUUUUUUGAUGAGACCUUUUUCUUCAACGUCUUUGAAUCCGCCAUGGAGCUUUUCGACCAGCCCAUAUUCCUCACGGUUGUUGACUCUCGUUCUCUCCGGACGGACUCUGUCAUUGGAGAAUUCCGGGUGGACGUUGGAACAAUUUAUGCUGAACCCAGGCACUGCUUCCUCCGGAAAUGGCUGCUGCUGUCGGAUCCAGAGGAUUUCUCGGCCGGCGCCAGAGGCUACCUGAAAGUCAGCUUAUAUGUCCUCGGCCCUGGGGAUGAAGCCCCCAUGGAGAAGAAGGAAGCUGCCGAGGAGAAAGAGGACAUCGAGGGCAACGUCUUCAAGCCGCCUGGCGUGGCUCUCCGUGGAGCCCACUUCUCCCUCAAGGUCUAUCGAGCAGAAGACCUGCCCCAGAUGGACGAUGCGGUGAUGGACAGCGUCAAGCAGAUCUUUGGCUUUGAAAGCAACAAGAAGAACCUGGUGGAUCCCUUUGUGGAAGUUACCUUUGCAGGGAAAACGCUCUGUAGCAAGAUUGUGGAGAAGAAUGCCAAUCCGCAGUGGAACCAGAUCAUCACGCUGCCUGCCAUGUUUCCCUCCAUGUGUGAAAGGAUGAGGAUCCGCGUCAUGGACUGGGACCGGGUCACCCACAAUGACAUCAUCGGCACCAGCUACCUCUGCAUGUCCAAAAUCUCUGCUCCGGGAGGAGAACUGGAAGAUGAGUUUCCCGCCACUACGAAACUCCUCAAAGCAACAGACAUUGAUGAUGGUCUUGGCUUCCUGCCCACCUUUGGCCCCUGUUACAUCAAUCUCUACGGCAGUCCGAGGGAGUUCACCGGCUUCCCUGACCCUUAUGAAGAGCUCAACAGUGGCAAGGGAGAAGGCGUGGCCUAUCGUGGCCGACUGCUGGUGGAGCUGGAGACCAAGCUGGUGGAUCACGUUGAGCAGAAGUUGGGGGACAUUCCUGCUGAUGACAUCCUGAGAGUGGAGAAAUACCUCCGUCGGCGGAAAUACAACCUUUUUGCCGCCUUCUACUCGGCCACCAUGCUGCAGGGCGUGGGUGACGCCAUCCAGUUUGAGGUCAGCAUCGGCAACUACGGAAACAAAUUUGACAACACCUGCCUGCCGCUGGCGUCCACCACGCAGUUCAGCCGGGCGAUCUUUGAUGGCUGUCAGUAUUACUACCUUCCCUGGGGCAACGUGAAACCAGUGGUGGUCCUCUCCUCCUACUGGGAGGACAGCAGCCACAGGAUGGAUGCCCAGAAUCUUCUUGCCAGGGCUGCAGACCGGCUGGCUGCCAACUUGGAGCUGGUCCACCUGGCCCACAAAGCCCAGCGUUCUGCCAGCACCUUGGACACCCUGGUGGCUCAGAUGCUGGAUGAGCUCAUGAUGGACUGCAGCCAGCCCCUGGCUGACGUCACUCAGAAGCCCAACAGCACCCACUUGGACCAAUAUCUCUAUCGUUUCCGCACCACCAACCUCGAUCAGAUGGUCCAGGCGGCCUUGAAGAUGAAGCACGAAGACUCUGACCUACAGAUGGUUUUGGAUCAGGCAGAAGAUUGGCUCUCUCGCUUAAGAUCCAUGGUGGAGGAGCCCCAGAACAGCCUCCCGGAUGUCGUGAUCUGGAUGUUGCAAGGCGACCGGCGGGUGGCUUACACUCGGCUGCCCGCCCGAGAGGUCCUCUUCUCCCGCAACGGAGCCAGCUGCUGUGGCAAAAACUGUGGAAGGCUCCAGACCAUAUUCUUAAAAUGUCCGCAGGAAGAGGUGGCAGGUCCCAGGAUCCCAGCUCAGAUCCGGGUCCGGCUGUGGCUGGGGCUGGCUGUGGACGAGAAGGAGUUCAACCAGACGACCGAGGGGAGGCUCUCUGUCUUUGCUGAAACGUAUGAAAACCAAACGAAGCUGGCGCUGGUAGGGAACUGGGGCACAACGGGUCUCACCUACCCCAAGUACUCGGACAUCACCGCCAAGAUCAAGCUACCCAAGGACAGCUUCAAGCCUUCCACCGGCUGGGCCUGGGCUGGAGAUUGGUUUGUCAGCCCCGAGAAGACGCUGCUGCAUGACGUGGACGCAGGUCACAUGAGCUUUGUGGAGGAAGUCUUUGAGAACCAAGUUCGGCUUCCAGGAGGCCAGUGGAUCCAUAUGGCCGAAGCCUACACAGAUGUGAAUGGGGAGAAGAUUUUGCCCAAGGAAGAAAUUGAGUGUCCUCUGGGGUGGAAGUGGGAAGAUGUGGAGUGGGACACCGAUCUCAACCGGGCGGUGGACGAGAAAGGCUGGGAAUAUGGCAUCACCAUCCCUCCAGACAACAAACCGAAGUCUUGGGUGCCAGCAGAGAAGAUGUAUCACACUAACCGGCGUAGGCGUUGGGUGAGGCUCCGCAGAAGAGACCUUGCUCAAAUGGAAGCGUUGAAAAAGUAUAAACAGGAGGAGUUGGAAGGGGAAGGCUGGGAAUACGCCUCGCUCUUCGGCUGGACCUUCCACAUGAAGUACCGCAAAACGGAUUCCUUUCGCCGUCGGCGCUGGAGGCGUCGCAUGGAGCCCCUGGAGCACACGGGCCCAGCCGCUGCCUUUGCCUUGGAAGGCGCCUUGGGUGGAGUGACAGACGACAAGAGCGAUGAUGGGAAAUCAGUGUCGACUCUCAACUUCGGAGUGAACCGACCGACCAUUUCAUGCAUCUUUGACUAUGGAAAUCGCUACCAUCUACGUUGCUACAUCUACCAGGCAAGGGACCUGCUGGCCAUGGAUAAGGACAGUUUUUCAGAUCCUUACGCCAUCGUCUCCUUCCUGCACCAGAGCCAAAAGACGGUGGUAGCAAAGAAUACGCUAAACCCCACCUGGGACCAAACGUUGAUCUUCUACGAGAUUGAGAUCUUCGGGGCUCCCCAAAGUAUUGCUGAAUCCCCUCCCAACAUUGUGAUUGAAAUCUACGACCACGACACUUACGGUGCGGAUGAAUUCCUGGGCCGCAGCGUUUGCAAGCCGACCCUCGACCACACACCAAGAUUGUCCUGGUAUCCCAUCGUGAAGGGCGGCCGGACGGCGGGGGAGCUGCUGGCCGCCUUUGAGCUGAUCCAGAGAGAGAAGCCAGCUGUCCAUCACAUUCCAGGCUUUGAGACGGAACUGGCGUCUGUUCUGGAUGAGUCUGCAGAUUCAGACCUGCCUUACCCUCCACCCCAGAGGGAGCCCAACAUCUACAUGGUCCCUCAAGGAAUUAAGCCAGUUCUCCAGCGUACGGCCAUCGAGGUGUUGGCCUGGGGCCUUCGAAACCUGAAGAGCUACCAGUUGGCCAGUGUGACUUCUCCCAGCCUUCUGGUGGAGUGUGGUGGGCAGAUCGUCCAGUCAACUGUGAUCAAGAACCUGAAGAAGAAUCCCAACUUUGAGAUCUCCGUCCUCUUCAUGGAAGUGCGUCUGCCAAGGGAAGACCUCUACUGUCCUCCCAUCAUCAUCAAAGUCAUCGACAACAGGCCCUUUGGCCGCAAACCUGUGGUGGGCCAGUGCACCAUCCGAUCCCUGCAAGAAUUCUUCUGUGACCCCUACAAAGAAGAUGCGGUAUUUCCUGAAACCCACGCAGAUGACAUGAGCCUCACCCCAAAGGAUGAUGUUCUGAUUGACAUUGAUGACAAAGAACCCCUCAUCUCCAUCCAGCUUGCGGAGGGCAUGACCAGCUCGGCUUUAAUUAACACGCAAACCGCUCGGCCCCAUCUCCAUGAAGAAGAGUUCAUUGACUGGUGGAGCAAAUUCUAUGCGUCCACGGGUGAGCGAGAGAAAUGUGGCACCUAUUUGGAGAAAGGCUUUGACACCCUCAAGAUCUACGAGACAGAGUUGGAGAAUGUCGAAGACUUUGGAGGCCUUUCAGAUUUCUGCCACACCUUUAAGUUGUCCCGUGGCAAAGCUCAGGAUGACAGCGAAGACCCCACCGUUGUUGGAGAAUUCAAGGGCUCGUUCAAGAUCUACCCUCUGCCCGACGACCCCACGGUGCCCGUCCCUCCGCGCCAGUUCCACCAGCUUCCAGCCCGAGGCCCCCAGGAGUGUCUCGUGAGGGUUUACAUCAUCCGGGCCUUUGAUCUGCAGCCAAAGGACUCCAAUGGAAAAUGUGAUCCUUAUGUGAAGAUUUCUGCGGGGAAGAAGUCCAUCAACGAUCAGGACAAUUACAUCCCCUGUACCUUGGACCCGGUCUUUGGAAAGAUGUUUGAGUUGACUUGUACGUUGCCCAUGGAGAAGGACUUGAAGAUCACCCUGUAUGACUAUGACCUCUUGUCCAAAGAUGAGAAGAUUGGGGAGACCAUCAUUGACCUAGAGAACCGCUUCCUUUCCAGAUAUGGGGCUCGUUGUGGCCUUCCUCAGACUUACUGCGUUUCUGGGCCCAACCAGUGGAGAGAUCAGCUGCGCCCGUCACAACUCCUCCAUCACUUUUCCUUGCAACACAACGGCAAACUUCCGGUUUACAAGACUGACCAGGUCAUCUUUGGAGAUCAAACGUAUCACCUCUCGGACCUGGAGGACAGCAAGCCCCCCAACCCCCACCUGGGUCCUCUGGAGGAACGGCUUGCCCUGCACGUCCUGCAAAAGCACGGCCUGAUCCCUGAGCACGUGGAGACCAGGCAGCUGUACAGCCCUCUCCAGCCGGACAUUGAACAGGGCAAAGUUCAGCUUUGGGUGGACCUGUUUCCUAAAUCCCUUGGGCCACCGGGACCACCAUUCAACGUGACCCCGCGAAGAGCAAAGAGGUUCUACUUGCGUUGCAUUGUCUGGAAUGCCCAAGACGUCAUCCUGGAUGACCUCAGCAUCACCGGUCAGAAAAUGAGCGACAUCUACGUGAAAGGGUGGCUGGUUGGUUACGAGGAGAACAAGCAGAAGACAGAUGUGCACUACAGGUCACUGGGAGGUGAAGGCAACUUCAACUGGAGGUUCAUCUUCCCCUUUGAUUAUCUCCCUGCUGAGCAGGUCUGCUCCGUGGCGAAGAAGGAACAUUUCUGGAGCUUGGACAAGACAGAGAAUAAAGUCGCCCCCCAGCUGGUCCUUCAAAUCUGGGACAACGACAAAUUCUCCUUCGAUGAUUACCUGGGCUCCAUCCAGCUGGACCUCAACUGCAUGCCAAAGCCAAGCAAGACUGCCGACAAAUGCCACUUAGACCUCCUGGCUCCGGAGAGGGACGUCUCGCUCUUUGAGCAGAAGACGGUCAAGGGCUGGUGGCCUUGCGUGACCGAGCAGGAAGGCACCAAGAGCCUCGCGGGCAAGUUGGAGAUGACACUGGAGAUCAUCAAUGAACAAGAGCAUGAAGAACGGCCAGCUGGGCUGGGCCGGGAUGAACCCAACAUGAACCCCAAGCUAGAAGACCCAAAGCGCCCUGAGACUUCCUUCCUGUGGUUCACCUCGCCCUACAAGACCUUGAAGUACAUCUUGUGGAGAAGGUUCAAGUGGAUCUUCCUCAUCUUCCUCCUCGUCUUCAUUCUGUUGCUCUUCCUGGGCAUCUUCAUCUAUGCCUUCCCGAACUACGCUGCCAUGAAACUGGUGAAGCCCUUCAGCUGAACCCACCCCGUCUCCUGGAGCCGGGCAAGAGACCAAGGAGACCUACGAAGAUUGCAGGAGACCAUCCUUCCCAUCACACAACUGCAUGGAAGGAAGGAGUACCGACGUCGCCUUGUAGAAACCGCUCUAUUGAGAUGAACCCCAGAUCUUAAAACCUGCCCCCUGCCCAAUUUGUCCCAAAUGCUGCUCCGGUGACCUGGCUGGACGGAUGUCCCAAGCUGCAUGACUGUGGUCUUCCCAUCUUCUGAAGAGGAAGCCCUUCCUGGAGACGCUUGAAGGUGGCUGCUGCGACCCGUCAGGCCCCAGCAACCUGGAAGACCUCUUGAGGAAGGAGAAGGACGGCACAGAGAGGACGAGGACCAGGGCAUCCAGCAAGGGGCCAAGAUGGCGGUCAUGACUGCACAGUCCAAGGCCGGCCACUUUGCUACGUUACAGGCUGGUUGUGAUGCCUUGGGCCCUUGCUUUGGUUGCUAGAGCACAAUUCCCUUCCAGAAGUUUGGACUACAACUCCCAUCAUCCCCCCUCCUGGGAGGAAAUGCGGGUGAGGUCGAGCACAGCUGUAAGGGGGAGUGUUGCUCUUUCUAAGGCACCUUCCUUGCCAGGCCCAGCACAGGAGACCCUCCUGGUGGCCAUUGCGUAAAUGCAGACACACACACACACACACACACACACACACACACACACACACACACCAGUGUUGGGUGCCCAGUUCUGUCUGGCAGAGGAAUUUGGGACUUCUGUGCAGGUGCAAAUUGUGCACAGGUAAAAUGGGGGAGGGUCUUUGGUGCCUUCUUUCCUGAGCCGUCUUCACUUGAGCGUCCAUGGACGUCCCAAGGGGCACCAGCCCUUCAAAGACGGCUGGGCAGUUUCCCACCUUUCAUGUCCCCCAGGGGUAGUCCUCGACUUACAACCGUUCGCUUAGUGACCGUUCAAAGUUACAAUGGCACUGACAAAAAGGGACGUUUUUCACACUUACAACCGUUGCGGCAUCCCCACGUUCACGGGAUUUACAUUCGGAUGCGUGGCAAGGACACGGUCGCAGUGUCCCGUGGUCACGUGAUCCCCUUUGGCGAGCUUCUGACGAGCAAAGUCAACAGGGGAGCCAGACUCACUUAACAACCGUGUUAUUCAUUUAGCAACCGCAGUGAUUCACUUAACAAAUGUGGCAAGAAAAGUUGUGGAAGAGUGAAAAGCUCACUUAACCAACGUGUCUCACUUAGCAACAUAAGUUUUGGGCCCCGUUGUGGCCGUAAGUGGAGGACUACCUGUACUUCAAAGCAAGGUGCAAUCGAGAUUUGAGGGUCUCCAGAAAUGUCCUUCGGUGUCUAAGAAGAGGGUGAAAUUCUUGAGAAGGCCACUUCCUCAGCCAGGUUCCUAACUGGGAAUCCUCCUCCAAAGUUGUAACGAAAACCCCUUCCUGCUCUUUGUACGUCCCCACACGGAAGGGAUCUCCUGUGCCGCCAUCUUUGCUGCCGAACAGGACAACUCGCCACAGCCAAUUCUCCACGGUCCACUCCCCACAGCCAAUUCAACAUAACAAUUCAAUUUAAUUAUUGAAAACAAAUACAAAACCUUUUUAAUUUUUGCCAUUCCCCGGUCAUUCCGUCCCUCCUUUCUCAUCCUUUCUUUAAGGAUUCUGUUCCACCAUCUCUUUGAUCUUAGUGUAACUCUUGUCCCGCGGAGAGUUGGCCGUGGCGAGUUUGGCACCUGAGAUGCAAACCAGAAUCCGUCUCUUCAAUCCGCUUCUCAACUGUUCCGGAUCCGGGUCUCUUAGCCGGGGAGGGAGGGGGUGGCGGGUUUUCCUUCUCACCUGUAUCUGCCUUUGAAGCGAUAUUUGCACUACCAUUACUCACGAAAUGCUAUUAAAUCUGGAUGCUGGCCA